GGAGCCACAUUGCAUCUAAUUUCACCCAUGCCAUGAGAAUAUACUAGGGUGAGUUUCUUUAGAACAAUCUUUCUAAUGUCCAACUCGCAGACCAACUUGAAAUCAUGAAGAACUAGAUUAAGAAAUAUUUUCCCGUUAAUAAAUGUUCAUGAAAUUGAUAACUAUGAAAAAAAAAUGCACCCCUAAUCAGUUUAGCGAAUUUUGGCCGAGAAAGUCAUGAAAUUUAAGGUUGCAUUUAAUUUUUUAUUAUCGAAAAUAGUCCCUGUGAUAAUCACUAAUUUGCCUGGUCCUCGAUAAACAUAAAUACCUUAAACGAUUCUACCCCAAACAGCAGCAGCAAGCAAUACCCGCCACUCCGAUUCACCUCCGUUCUCCGUCGCCGGCAAGGAAAACACCACAAAACCCUUUUAUAUAUCAACGGGACAAAGAGUGAUUCUUUCUUUUUUACCCUGAGAAUCAACCCACUCACCAAGGGCAAAAGACAGCAAAGCUAUGGCUCCUCCUCCCCCGCAACCGCGCCGCCGUCGCCUCUCCGCCAACAAAUCCGUCUUCACCAUCCUCUUCGCCCUCCCCGUCAAAUCCCUCCUCCGCUUCAAGUGCGUCUCCAAGACAUGGAACGACGCAAUUUCACAUCCCGGAUUCCGAGACACGUACAACGCCCGUAGGGCAUCUUCCUCGGUACCCCGCUUCUUCUUCUUCCAGGGCUUCGACUUCGAUUACGACCAACGCUCCGGCGCCUCCCUCCACCGUUUCGCCACCUUAAACUCCGCCGGCGUUCCCCUCGACGUCCUCCCCAUAACCGUCUUCGGCGGCCCGAUCAAGCUCGUCCUUCCGAGCUCCCGCGGGCUGCUCUGUUUCGCCACCGAAACCUGCGUCUACCUCUGCAAUCCCUCCACCCACUCCCUCGUCCAGCUCCCGCCGCUCCACGGCGGCAGCGGCCAGACCAUUGCCGGGUUCGGGUUCGGGUACAUGGGAUCGACAGGAGAGUACAAAGUGGCGAGAUUGGUGCACAAGCCUGAGGAAGGGUAUUACGUGCCCUGCAAGUUAGAGUGCUCUGUUUUCACCUACCCUGCAACUCAGCCAGCCGUGACCAACGCCUGGAAAGUGCUGGCCGACCCCUGCCCUUACUUCGUCGCCGAAUUCAGCUUGCCGGUUUUCGUCUGUGGGGCUGAAUCAGUCUACUGGAAGAUUAACCAGAGCCGGCACUGCAGAUGCAACAGCAAAGCUGGUGGCAGGCAGGAUGCUUUUCUGGUUUACUUGGACAUCAAGAAAGAGAGGUUUGGAGUUGUACGUGGGCCUCAAGGCUGGAGGAGGGCGAUCCACGGGAAUCCUCCGAGGAUCAUGGAGGAUCAACCCGUGGGAAAGCUGCGCAUGAUUGAGACUCCGGGAGACCUCCCGCUUCGCCUGGUGGUGUGGGUGCUCGCUGAUCAGCAGAACAGUCACUGGGUCAAGCAGGCCAUCGUCUCGCUGCCUCCUCUGGACAACAGAACCAUCCUGGGAGAGAUCAAAGUAUACACGAGCGACUGGAUCAUCUUCAGCUCGCCUGACAACAUUAUCAUCUUCGUCAACAAAAAGAAAGGGACGGUUAGGAAGGUCGGCAUUCCUACAGGAUUGCGCAACUUGGAUUUCUGUACCUAUACUGAGAAUCUCUUGACCUUGCGACUCCCACCUUAUGAGAGCAGAAACUAAAUAGUGCUUCUUUAGUUAUUCGAGAUCGGUUCGGUAAUCAGGCACACAUAGUUAAAGAUAUAGUAGUCAUAUAGGAACAUGUGAUGUAAGUCAGCAGAAAAUGUGACUUGUGCAAAUUUGUUACGCAGAACUUGCAAAGAUCUAAGAGUUGCCAACAGAAUGUUUUUCUUUUCUUUACUUGUCUACUGAAGGAGUCUUACUUGGUCAACAAGCAUGCCAAUUUGAUGACUUUCCAGCAACUAAUUCUGAUCACUUUCACUAGACUGGCAGUUUUACUAGAAAGGAAAAUAGUCAAAGAAUGCGAUCAAAUCUGAGGGUUAUUUAGUAUUUACACAGCUGCACAUUUGGGACUCGUAUUUACAGGAACGGGAAACAUACUGCUCGCUAUUUAGGGUGAAUAUCCGUCUUCAGAAAGCGGACGUAUUCCUGCUGCAACAUCUCUCCUCCAUGAACGGGAUCAAAUUGACAUCUGUAGAAGCUGGAAAGAAUAUAAGAACAAAAUUUUCUCAGUGAGGGGAGACGAUAAGCAAAACCCAAUGGAAUUAGUUAUUCUGCUGUUAUCACUUCAGUAAAUAUCACCACGGUUCUAGAGAUGCAGCCUAAAGUAUUGAUUUCAGUAUAUGACAACUUUCAAUGAGCUGCAUACGGCGUUACUAGUAGGCAAAUUGGAAGUCCAUGGUUCUUUAACACUCGAGGAACAAAGAAUGGGAAGAAGGUGGGUUUGUCGUUCACAGCAUAUGAUGUAAGACCAAGUUAACUAACUUAUAUUUAGGAUCUGUGUAAUAGCAGUUUUACUUAAACUGCCAAGUUGCCACUAACAUAAAUUCUCAAGUGCAGCACCCUAUAAAAAGAACAGUACAAU